UGGGAAAAAAUAAAAGAAAAAGAAAAAGUAGACAAGUUUGUUGAUGUUGAUGAAUUUUCCAUUUCAUGAUCGCAACAUGCCAGCAAUUUCUUUGGUGACUGCUACUUUCAAUUGGGUACUUUUAGAUUCAUUGGUGAGAGUCAUGCUGAAAGUCUGAAACGCAACGUUUCGGCAACGGUAUUUAUUUAUUUAAAAAAAUGGUAAAAUAAAUACUGGGUUUUUUGGCUUCUUGCCUUGGUAACACAGCCAUCUCUCUCCCACCAUGUAUGAGUUCAGACUUCUCUGUUACAAAGCUGAGUCUAUGUCCAUGACAAGCAUAGCUCUUUAGCACUGAGCUUAUGCCAAAGUACACGCAAAGAAACGGUUUUGUCUUUCAGGGUCAUCCUGUAGUGCAAACAAGUGGGUUUGACUUCAAAUAUGGAUUCAAGUUUUGUUCUUUUAGUGGGGUUCAUUGUGAUCCUACUAUUUAUGGAUUGUUCUUCUGCUGAUUCGAAGGUGAAUGAAGGUGCAAACAAUGGUUUGGGUUCUGUAAUUCCUGUACCUUUGAACAAAAAGGAUGGUUUGGAAGAUGAAAAAAAAGAUGGGUCGAACUUGGUUUCGAAUCCCACUGUAGUUGACAAGGUAAAGGGAGACCAAGUGGGUGGAUCAAAGGAGGAUCUUGGUGCUAAGACUGAGAUAGAUAAGAGCAGUUCAAUUAGCCAAUCUGAGUUGGGAGAAGUUGGUAGUGUGCAAAAGGGUGAGGGCAGUUCGAGGAAGGAAUUGAAAGGAAAGGGGAGUGGUGAUGAAAAGCAGAAGUUGGGAGAUGGGGCAGAAUCUAAGGAUGUGCCUAAGGAUGUGGGCAAUGAAGGGGAUGGGGACUCUUCAAAGACAGAGAGGAAUGAGGGUCGGGGUGAAGAAUGUGAUUCAUCUAAUAUGUGCAAAGUUGAGAAGAAGUUUGUUGCAUGUUUGAGAGUUCCAGGGGAUGAAUCUCCAGAUCUUUUACUUUUAAUUCAGAACAAGGGAGAAAGCGCCCUCUCUGUUACCAUUUCUGCUCCUGAUUCUGUUCGGCUAGCGGAAAAAGAAGUUCAAAUUCAAGAGAAAGAAGUCAAAGAACACAUAAAGGUGACGGUUUUAAACGUAGAUGGAGGAACUGACAGUUUGAUCACCUUAACGGCAGGAAAUGACAAGUGCAGCCUUGAUUUUAGGGAUCUGAUUGCACACAGUUCCCAGAAAGAGUUUGACAAUACCCCCAAGUCCUUGUUCAUAAGCUCCCUAACAAAAAGACCUGCUGUUGCACUUAUCUUCCUUGGUCCACUACUGAUACUUGUAUCAGCUUGGAUAUGCAUAAGCUUUAGGCGGAGGCGUUUAUCAGGAAAUGGCUCUAAAUACCAAAAGCUAGACAUGGAGCUUCCAGUUUCCAGUGUGGCAAAAUCAGAGUUGGACACUAAUGAUGGAUGGGAUGAAAAUUGGGGUGAUAGUUGGGACGAUGAGGAGGCACCAAAGACACCCUCAAUGCCUGUUACUCCAAACCUCUCAUCUAAAGGUUUAGCCUCGCGACGGUUGAACAAAGAUGGGUGGAAAGAUUAGUUGCAUUAGGGUUGCCAGCAAACACUCAUAUAGAAGAAAAAGGAAGAGAUGAUAAACUUACUUUUGUUCUUUAUCACACUAUCCACUUUUCCUUCAUAGUUAGCUUACAGUAAUUCUAGUACUGCAAAAAAAAAAGUCACAACUUUUAUCAUAAUUAUUUUACGUGGCAAAUUAUAACUAACUACCUGUCAUUUUUACAUGAACUUAUCAUUUUUUUCUACUA